AUGUAUUUCUUCGUGUCUUGUGCUUUGUUGGUUGUAUUUUGCAGUGUACAGGCUCAAUCUGCGGGUGCGGACGCCAUUUGCAAAGCUCGGAAUGCAUACCUGAAUGUAGACGGUAAUUGCGAUUCCUACAUCGAGUGCAGAGACUAUCACGCCAUAAACAAAGAAUGUCCAGAUGGUCUUCACUACAACGCUGAUGUUAAAUGGCCAAAUUACCCUUGCGGUUAUCCUGCAGAUGUGCCUUGCAAUGGACGGUCAAUCAUGCAGAUAGCACAGUCUACACACGACUGCCCGCAUCAAUUUGGCUUCUACCCGUCUCCUAAGAACUCCCCUACUGAUUGUGGCCACUACUUGAUGUGUGCCGACGGUAAAGCCAACGAGAUGUACUGCCCAACAGGCCUUGCAUUCAAUGCGGCAUUAUCCCGCUGCGACUGGCCAGAAAAUGUGCCCACUUGUAAAGCUUCUGAAUUCCUUGGCUUCACGUGCCCCCCAGCAAUGUAUGAUGAGGAAGGUUAUCCCGUAGUCACCAACCACAAAUAUGAGCAGAACUGUUACGCAUUCUUCAUGUGUAUCUCUGGAAACGCUCGCCUGUUAUCCUGUGACCCCGGUUUCGCCUUCGAUGCCAUCAGCAGCCGCUGCGUCGAUGAAGACCUGGUGGCCUGCGAUAACAAAAUGACUCCAUAUUCUCAAAACGUUAGAGUAGCAUAA